AUGGAUUUCCAAAAUGAAUUUUAUUUAGCUGAUGCAAUGGAAUUGUUGAGACCACAACGUCUAGAUAACAAUGUUUUUUUUGGUCCAUUGAACACUUUAACUCAAGUUGAAUUUCUUCGAGAAAAUAACAUUAGAUUUUUCAUUGGUAUUGGAGUUUCAACUGAAAGAUUAGCUAAAAUUUGUAAUGAAAAUGCAAUGUUGCGCGGUUCAAUGAAUGAGGUAAUAAUGAUAAAUUUUGAUUCUGGGGUUGUUGCAGGUCAACGUUGUAAUUCCUUUGAUUCCGAAUCAAUCACUACAGAUUUUCAAAGAUUUAAUACAAGCCAAUUACAGAAUUUAAUCUCUUAUUUAGUCAAUGAUAAACGUUCGUCGUCUUCUCACUCGUCUGGCAAUCCUAAUGAUGAUAGAUGUUUGACUCCACUACCUGAACAAUCAGAUAUUUCAAAUUUGUUAUAUGGUGAUAUUUCUCAUUAUUAUGGCUCAAGUGUAUUUAGUGAUGUCAACGUUGAAAAAUUUAAAGCUUUCAAUGAUUUAAUAACGCUAUUUAAGGCUUAUGACCCUACGAACAAAGUGCUUGUAUUCUCAAAUGAUGGUAAUGAUGAAGAUUUAGUAACGUUGUUAGUAUCUUCGGUAUUAAAGGCUAACCCAUCCACCAAAAUUUUUGAAGCUUUACAAUAUGUGAAAUCUUUAAGAGCUGCUUUAUCAAAUAUUAAGGAUGAAAAAAUCAUUUGGUGUAGUGGUUUACUAAACUAUUAUGAAUGUGUAAGAGCUAAUGAAUUAAAUUGGGGUAGAGUUGGUGAUCAAAGGAAAACCUUAAUUGAUUUCCAAAACAAUCAUCAAUCAAAGAACAGAAAAAGAGAUGAAUCAACUAUGAAAUCUAUCGAACCUGUAUUAGCUUUAGGUACUCAUAAAAUCUUAGUUGGUGGAAAUAGUAAAAGAUCUCGUUGCGAUUAA